AUGAAGACAUUCAAAUGUUGCUUUAAAUACACACUACAGCAGAAAGUUUUCAUCUUGUUUUUAACCCUAUGGCUGUUCUCCCUGCUAAAGCUUCUAAACGUGGGAAGACUCUUGUUUCCUCAGAGAGGCAUAUACUUGGUUGAGUACUCCCUAAGUACUUCACCUUUUGUAAGAAACCGGUACAGCCACAUUAAGGAUGAAGUCAGAUAUGAGGUGAACUGUUCAGGGAUCUACGAACAGGAGCCGCUGGAAAUUGGUAAGAGUCUGGAAAUAAGAAGACUAGACAUUAUCGACUUGGAGGAUGACGAUGUUGUGGCAAUGACCAGCAAUUGUGACCUUUAUCGGAGCCUAAGAAGGUACCAUGAAAAGCUCGUUUCCAGGGAGGAGAAGAGCUUCCCAAUAGCCUAUUCUUUAGUCGUCCAUAAAGAUGCAAUUAUGGUUGAGAGGCUCAUCCGUGCUAUAUACAACCAACACAACGUUUACUGCAUCCAUUAUGACCUCAAGUCUCCUGAUACCUUCAAAGUUGCCAUGAACAACUUAGCUAAGUGCUUCUCCAAUAUUUUCAUUGCUUCCAAAUUAGAGACGGUGGAAUAUGCCCACAUUUCCAGGCUCCAAGCUGAUUUGAAUUGCUUAUCAGACCUUCUUAAGUCUUCAGUUCAAUGGAAAUAUGUCAUCAACCUGUGUGGACAAGAUUUUCCCCUGAAAUCAAAUUUUGAAUUAGUAUCUGAAUUAAAGAAACUCAAUGGAGCAAAUAUGUUAGAGACGGUGAAACCCCCUAACGGUAAAGUGGAGAGAUUCACUUAUCACCAUGAGCUCAGAAAUGUGCCUUAUGAAUAUAUAAAGCUACCAAUAAAGACAAACAAGACCAAAGAGGCACCCCCUCAUGACAUUGAAAUAUUUGUUGGCAGUGCCUAUUUUGUUUUAAGUCAAGCAUUUGUUAAGUAUAUUUCCAACAACUCCCUCAUUGAAGACUUUUUUGCCUGGUCUAAAGAUACAUACUCUCCUGACGAGCAUUUCUGGGCUACCUUAAUCCGGGUGCCAGGAAUACCUGGGGGGAUUUCCAGGUCUGCCCAGGAUGUAUCGGACCUACAAAGUAAGACUCGCCUUGUCAAGUGGAAUUAUUAUGAAGGCUUUUUCUACCCCAGUUGUACUGGUUCCCACCUUCGAAGUGUGUGUAUUUAUGGAGCUGCAGAGCUGAGGUGGCUUAUGAAAGAUGGACAUUGGUUUGCUAAUAAGUUUGAUUCUAAGGUGGACCCCAUCUUGCUUAAAUGUUUGGCAGAAAAGCUUGAAGAACAACAGAGAGAAUGGAUCAGUUUGUCCUCAGAAAAGUUAUUUGUGAAUGAAAAUCGGAUGAUGGCAUCAUUGUGAUAAAAUCAUACAGGGUAUAAGACUGUCUGAUAUACAGAGUUAACGCGCAGUGAAAGGAAUACCAUGUCAGUACCACUUGAAGUCCAUCCCUGCGAUUGAAAGUUGUCUACAAUCUCAUCAACUAAGCAAAGUCAUCCAGACUUUAAUGACAUGAGCCCACAGU